AUAAAGUAUCCUCUCUCUUUCUCUCUCUAGAUGCAAGAGGACUCAGAGAGAGAAAGUAUGAUUGAUGGGGAAAGAGAGAAAGAAGGUAAAAUACAAUAGAUUAUUAUUGGGACACGGUUGUCAUGUUUUGUUAUGUGUCUUGUGUGCGCUCUUCUUCUUUUCUUCAUCCAUUGAUCUUCUUUAUUUAACCCUACUCUCUUCUCCUUUUCCCAUUCUUUCUAUCAUUUCUUUUCUCUCUCUCGGGAUCUGAUAUCUCUUUUCAGUAACCUAUUUCCGAGGAGCACUGUCAAAUCCUGUCCACUCUUCUUUCAGUAAUACUUCUCUCUUUGUGCUGGAGUGUUCCAACUUAUGAUGAGAAGGGCAUAAAAUAACUAAAAUUAUAAAGUUUUGUUAGAAGGUUUUCAAAAGUAUCCAGCUGAAUCAUCUUGAAUCUAGAGUUUCUUCAGAUUACUGAUCGAUCAAGAAGACAAAAAGAUGAAUUCGUUUUCCCACGUCCCUCCGGGUUUUAGAUUUCACCCAACGGACGAAGAACUUGUAGACUACUACCUGAGAAAAAAAGUUGCAUCGAAGAGAAUAGAAAUUGAUUUCAUAAAAGACAUUGAUCUUUACAAGAUUGAACCGUGGGAUCUUCUAGAGUUGUGCAAAAUUGGACAUGAAGAGCAAAGUGAUUGGUACUUCUUUAGCCAUAAAGACAAGAAGUAUCCCACAGGGACUCGAACCAAUAGAGCAACCAAAGCAGGAUUUUGGAAAGCCACAGGAAGAGACAAGGCUAUAUACUUGAGGCAUAGUCUUAUUGGUAUGAGGAAAACACUUGUGUUCUACAUGGGGAGAGCCCCAAAUGGACAAAAAUCCGACUGGAUCAUGCACGAAUACCGCUUAGAAACCGAUGAAAAUGGAGCUCCUCAGGAAGAAGGAUGGGUUGUGUGUAGGGUUUUCAAGAAGAGGUUGCCCGCAGUUAUUAGACGAAUGGGAGAUUAUGACUCAUCGCCUUCACAUUGGUAUGACGAGCAGCUCUCUUUUAUGGCCUCUGAGCUCGAGACAAACGGUCUAAGGCGGCUUGUCCCCAAUCCUCAUCAGCAGCACCAACAGCAUUUGGCAUAUGGCCUCAAUGCAUCUGCUUACACCCUCACCAGCCCUAACUUGCAAUGCAAGCAAGAGCUAGAACUACAAUACAGCCACUUGCAGUCAAAUCAGGUGCAUGAGGAACAAAUGAAUCAAGGGAAUAAGAGUUUCAGCUCUCUAUACAUGAAUAGUGGAAACGGGCAAACGAUGGACCAGGUCACGGACUGGAGAUCCCUCGAUAAAUUUGUUGCGUCUCAGCUAAGCAACGAGGAGGCCACCACAGCUUCUGCUUCUCUACAGAACAAUGCCAAAGAUACAAGCAACGUGGAGUACCAAAUUGAUGAAGAAAAAGAUCAAAAAAGGGGUUCAGACAUGGGAGAAGAAUAUGCUGCUUCGACUUCUUCGAGUUGUCAGAUUGAUCUAUGGAAGUGAGCACAUAGAGAACCAUAUCAUAUAAAUGCAUAUAUACUUAUAUCGAUAUACGUAAA